AUGGGUGCUCAGAAUUUGGAAACUGAUCUCUUCUGGGCCUGCCAGUAUAAAAUAAAGUUUGAGUUCUCCAACUCUUUGAGUGCCAUAUGGUGCUUCAUGUCUGACUCCCACAACAGUAUCACUACUUGGGUGAGGCGCUUCCAUCCUUUUGACACCAAUUAUUUGGAAGAAAAAGGAAUUGAAUACCUCAAAUGUAGGAUUCCUGCCCGCUCCCUGAUGCUCACCUACCACCCAGAAAAUCAUGGAAGUGGUGUGGGUACCCCGGGCAUUGGUGGCCACUCAGGAGUAGUUGCCAGCACCUUGAAAGCCUACAUCAUCCAGGUUGAGGGUCAGGACUUUGUGCUAGCAUCCUUGGUGGUGUUCCUGCUUAGGAUGGAUAUCCAGAGUAGUGAGACUAGUGUAGUGUCGCAGGAGCCCAGCUCCUGCCACGAGGCAGUCCUGAGGGACCACCAGUACGAGGUCCUGAGGGACAUCGGGUGUGGCGGGUUCGGCCAGGUCCAACUAGCCCGCCAUUGCCCCACAGGAGCAGAGGUGGCAGUGAAGGUCCUGCCCAAGACAGUGCAGAACCUCCCGUUCCUGUCCGAGCCCGAUACGAUGAGGAGCCUGAAGCACCCCCACGUGAUUCAGUUGUUUGAGGUGGUGGAGACGCCCCAAAAUAUCUACAUGGUGAUGGAGCACGGAGGUGGGGGCCAGCUCCUGGACCACGUCCCCGAGGGAGGCCUGCAGGAGAAGGAGGCGCGCAGGCUCUUCCGGCAGACAGUGAGCGCCGUGGGCUACUGCCACGACAGGGGCAUCGUGCACCGGGACCUGAAGCCAGAGAACAUCGUGCUGGACGCCAGAGGCCAGGUCAAGCUGAUCGACUUCGGCUUCAGCACCACUGUCCAGCCUGGGAAGAAACUGCACGAGUUCUGGGGCACCCUCUCCCCCUUUGCCCCCGCGAUUAUCCUGAGGCAAGCGUACGAGGGCUCCCCGGUGGACGUCUGGAGCCUGGGGGUCAUUCUGUACUUCAUGUUGACAGGGCGGUGCCCCUUCACGGGGCCCACGGCUAAGAAGAUGCUGAGGCAGAUGGUGCGGGGCGCCUACUGCCUCCCCCACCGCGUUUCUGUGGCAGCGCAAAUCCUCAUCCGCCAGAUCCUGACCCGGGACCCCCGCAAGCGGCCCACGGCCAGGCAGAUCCUUCAGCACCCCUGGCUGGCGCAGGGGGAGCAGCCUGUACCCCGGGUUUAUGGGGAAGCCCUCUCCAGACACCCGGACCCCGAAAUACUGACCGUCAUGUUCGAUAUGGGAUACGAUCUGCACAAGACCUGCGUGUCUCUGGCCAAGAGGAAGUUCAACGCAGCCAUGGCCACCUACCUCAUCCUGGAGCACCAGAAAAGCCAGGGGGCGGGCGUGUUCCAGGGGACCGCUGCGCCCCCCAGGGUGAAGCCUCGCCCUCGCCCCCGGCCCGUGGAUCCUUCCAGCUCCCUGCUCCUCCCCAAGAGGUGUCCCAGUGAGCCUCCCCUUAGCCCCUUGCCCUGUGAGCCUCCGUUGCAGGAGGAGGCCCAAGUGUCAGGGCAGAGGCACAUCAGAAUUGCCAGCCAGCCUGCCAUCCAUUUCCGCUUUCCGCCUGCAAGGACCCCCGCAUCUGAUUCAGCCUCCCAGACCGACUCUGGGCAAUCCUGUGCCAGCAGAAAGUUCUGGAAGCGGGUGGUGGGGAGGAUUGCUUCCUCUGGGCUACAACUGUGCUGUUGCAUUCCACGUGUCAGCAAUAAAGUGGCUCCAAUGUAA